AUGGCUCCAUCCAUCCAUGUGGUUCUGGUUCUAAUGGCUGCACUCUUAGUGGCCACAACAAGGGCCCAAUCCCCUGCAUCAUCUCCGUCCACAUCUGCUGCAUCUUCUCCAUUGAGCACUCCACCAACAGCUGUUCCUUCUCCACCGAGCACUCCUCCAAGUGUUCCUUCUCCACCGAGCACUCCACCAAUGGCUGCAUCUUCUCCUUCUCUAUUGAGCACUCCACCAAUGGCUGCAUCUUCUCCUUCUCUAUUGAGCACUCCACCAAUGGCUGCAUCUUCUCCUUCUCCAUUGAGCACUCCACCAAUGGCUGCAUCUUCUCCUUCUCCAUUGAGCACUCCACCAAUGGCUGUAUCUUCUCCUUCUCCAUUGAGCACUCCACCAAUGGCUGCAUCUUCUCCUUCUCCAUUGAGCACUCCACCUGCCGCCACUCCUUCUUCAUCGACCAGUACUCCACCAGCCACCGCUCUCUCUCCAUCGAGCACUUCACCGGAGGCAGCUCCUUCUAACAAGCCCGUUGCUGACUCUGCCCCUCCUCCUCCCUCGUCUUCCCCUGUCAUCUCUCCAGAGGUUUCUCCCUCUUCCGACGUCUCUGUUGAGACUCCUGUACCUGGCCCCAGCGGUGCCGCUUUGAAUAGGUUCACUGUUGCUGGAUCUUUGGCCGUUGGGACUUUCGCUGCUGUCUUGGUUAUGUAG